CAUAAACAAAAGUCUCACGCAUUUUAACCAGAUCAUUCUAAUCCAGCUCAUCUGAGUGAAAGGAUACAGUAUACCGUUUACUUGUAUACAUCAGUGGGAGGUAUAUGCCAAUAGGGACAAAGCUCUGACAAACAGCAGUUUUCUGGUGAAGGGAUAUGAAAAACUGAACAAGUCUCAAGUCUGCGAUCUGAGUUACAUUUUUUUUCCUGAGGUUUGUUAAUUUGAGUGUUAAUCCCCGUUUGCUUUAUUUUUUUUUGUACUUUAUUUUUUUCCUACCCGUCGGCCUUUGUAUGAAGAAAGUUGAUUGAUAUAAAGUUAUUGAAUCGGAAAUAUAAUCGAUUUGACUUCCCAAUCCAUAACCCUUUACUAUUGAUAGUUUGACAAAAGACGGGCUACCCUCCUUUUGGUGUACUUUAAUGAGAUGAUGCUUUGAUGGUUCUGGGACUCACAGACGGUUCCAGGGGCCAGGACAGCUUUCAGAACCAGUAUGUAAAAUUUUAAUAAAAUACAGAGACUCCACGAAGAAGGUGAGGAACGUAACAGGAGCAUCUGCCGCUGGUUUUAUUUUCAACUAUAAAAACCCUAUAGAUGAUUCCACCAGCUAACAUGCUAGAGGAAGACAACAUAGAAAAAGAAAAGGAAAACGAACAAGAGCAUGAUCUGCCUCAAUCACCAGCGUCUACUGUCAGCCAGCAAGAAUCAAAGCUGCAGAAGCUGAAGAGAUCACUGUCCUUCAAAGCCAAGAGUCUCAGGAGUAAGAGUGCUGAUAAUUUUUUCCAGAGGACUAACAGUGACAUGAAGCUGCAGGUGGACUUACUGACUGGUGUGAGCACUAGCACAGGGCAGCUUACCACUUCCGACAGUCACAUUUCCUCUCCAACAAAGAGCCUGAAGCAACCUGACACCACUGUCCACAGCUUCCUGGAACAUAUUUUCAAGAAGCCCACUUUCUGUGAUGUCUGUAAUCACAUGAUUGUAGGCACCAAUGCUAAACAUGGACUGCGCUGCAAAGCCUGCAAAAUGAGCAUCCAUCACAAGUGUGCAGAUGGCGUUGGACAGCAGCGAUGCAUGGGCAAGUUGCCAAAAGGAUUUCGUCGCUACUACAGCUCCCCACUGCUCAUCCAGGAGCAAUUUGGCUGCAUCAAAGAGGUGAUGCCUAUUGCCUGCGGCAGUAAGGUUGACCCAGUAUAUGAGACCUUACGCUUUGGAACUUCUCUAGCACAGAAGACUAAGAGGUCCAGCACUGGCAGUGGCUCUGAGUCACCACAUCGAAACUCUACAACUGACUUGGCUGAAGUGCCUGAAGAAUCUGAUGGCCACAGCCUGCCAGGGCACACAGGGCACACAAGGAAACUCAGUGACAGUGUAUUUACAUCUUUAGAAAAUGGAACAGAACAUUUUCACUCAGAAGAAAAGAAACCUGAAACUUCUCCGGUGAAAAUACAACAACGAAAGGAUAUACUGCAGCUUAACACCUAUGUGGCCUUGUACAAAUUUGUACCACAAGAGAAUGAAGACUUAGAAAUGAGACCUGGAGACCGAAUCAUAUUAGCGGAUGACUCAAAUGACGACUGGUGGAAGGGUGUUAUUGAAGACAGAGUCGGAUUUUUUCCUGCCAGUUUUGCUCAGCAGGUGAGGGCUGGUGAGAGAGUUUACAGAUGCACCAGAACCUAUAUUGGCUGCAAGGAACAAGGACAGAUAACCCUAAAGGAGGGCCAGAUUUGUGUAACCAACGAAGACGAAAACAAUGGCUUCAUUAAAGUGUCUAGUGGGAAAAAGAAAGGAUUUGUACCAUUUGAUGUUUUGGAAAAUAUCUGAAGAAAUGAAAGAAAGGCAGUACCAGUGUUGUUCAUCCUCAUUUUGCACUGUGCCAGCAAAUGUUUUGCAGCUCAUGACAUAUGCUGAGAACCAGACAGAAUUAUCCAAGAUAAUUUUAGAAUAUGCAUAUAAAAAAUCUGAGAAAAAUGAAGAUAUCCGGAGGAGGAUACAAAGGGAUUAAAGCCUAGAACUGCUAAUUGCAGUGCUGACAGAUGUAUUGUACUAUCAUCACUGCAGCCUUGGAAUUGCUUCAUUGAUUUUAUACUGCAAAGGACAGAAGCUCAGAAGGAUGUAGAAAGUUCAUGCAUUUGGAAAGCAGACCAUUAGUUUUCUAUGAGCUAUAUCUACAACUAGGCUGGGUCCUGGUUGUUUCAGGUUAUUAAGAUUAUAUGUAACUUAAUUGUCUUAUAGACUGUCUCUGUAAAUGUGCUAGAAGAACAACAAAAUGUCUCUUUGCUGUCUAUAUGCAUACAGAUGCUUUACAGUUCUGAGGCAGACUUUAGUGCCUGUAUAUUUUUAGCCAUAGCUUUUAAAUUUUUAAAUGAUCUACUGUAUGUCUGCACUGUAUGUUGCAUGUAUGCAAGAGAUUGCUGAAUAGCUGCUGCAGAAAAAAAAAAACAGGGAACAAGAUGUUUGUACACAUAUUUUGUAUCUUUCUACAUUAGAUCAAAUACCUUUAAUUUGGUGGGUGGCACAGUGGCAAAGCAGCACAGUGGGUAGUAUUGCUGCCUUGCAUUGCUGGGGCCCUGGGUUCAAUUCAAAACCUGGGCUGCUAUCUGUGAGGAAUUUAUACUGUAUGUUCCUGCCAUGUGUGUGAGGGUUUCCAUUUGGUGCUCUGGUUUCUUCCAACAGUACCACAAAAUACUGGUUGGUUAAUUGGCUUCUGGUAUAAUUCACCGUGGUAUGAGUGCGAGUGUGUCUGUGUUUGUGUGUCUGCCCUCUGAAGGACUAAAGUCCCAUCCACAGUAUACCCCAUCUUGCACUCACUGUUUGCUGUUUCCCCCGUGACCUUUAAUUGAAAGAAAUGGAUAGAUGGAUUUUAAUUUUGAUGUGGGUUGAUUAAUAUCCCUAUUAAGGAUAUACGUACCAAAAGAGGGCAGUUCAACUCUAGUCCCUGAAGUGUGCCUGCAGGUUUGUGUCUUUAAAGUUUUUUUUUUCCUGAAGUGUUCAAAGAAGUUGGGAAAUUCAUCAAAUUAUAGCCAGUGAUGAGCUGAUUUAUGUGAUUUAGAGCUGGGCUGGAAAAAAAAUCAAAAGACACACAAGGACCAGUUUAGGACCACCCUGUCUAACAAAAUAAAUCUAUCUGUACCAUUACUUGUGAAUAUGAAAUUGUGUUAACCUCUUGCUUUUAUUUUUUAAUGCUAUAGAAAUAUGUCAUGUAUAUUAACACAUAUAAAUGUGAAAAUGCAUAUAUAUGUAAUAUUUAAGCACAGAAUUAAGAUUAGUCAAAAUAGUUUUCUAGAAUUUGCAUGGUGAAUAUCCCUAUUUAAUUCCCAGUGAAUCACAAAAAGUACCUGUGUGGUUUAAGAACAGAAGACAUCUGUUUUCUUUAGUGUUAUAGCACCAAAGAAGAAUACCUAGCAGAAUCCAAGAUAACACCAAUGCCUAUAAUGUUAUGCACUUGGAAUUAACAGGAUCAUUUAAGAAGUCUAAAAUUUAUCAUUGCUGUUUACAAGGUUACUACAGUAUGUAAACAGAAUAACAAUUACAAUGCAUUUUUUAUCUACAGUAUGUGAUUGAGCUGCACAUUGGUGCAAACAAGAACUAAACCAAGUCAUCUCUUUCAUGCUAAAUCAUUCAGAGCAGGAAGAAGAGUACUGCCCGGCCUCUUAAAUAACAUUGUAGGUCUUACUAACUUACUAACAGACUCAUCAAGGACAAAGGUCUGUACAGAAUUUUGCAUAUAAAUUAAUAUCAGUAUAUAUUCUUGCUGCACAUAAAUGGGCAAAAUACGUUUUACUUAUUUUUUCUCUUAUAUUUUCUGUGUUAUUUUCAAACGUCUGCUUGGCUGUCAGUAGCAUGGGUAACCUUGCCUUCUUUUUCAGGCAUGUGACAUUACCUUCCGAAUGCUAUGGACAGAGAAGUGAUUUGCAGUUUUUGUAUCUUGGAUUCUUUAAAAAUACAAAAUAAACAGUAAAAUUAACCAAGAA